AUGGACGAACAGCUGGAAAACCGUGCCCUCUGGCUCUCUUCUUUCUCCUCUCCGCCGGAAGUUGUUUGCCUUCCUGUGCCUACUGUGACUCAAGGUUCGGCGGUCAUUCGUGUUGAAGCUUCAUUCCUGACUCCAUACACGGACGCCGUACACAGUGGCAAGAUCGCUGCGCUCAACCUCAAACCACCUUUCGUACCGAAUCCAGGUGCUAUCGGCCGCGUCCACGCCGUGGGUUCUGAUUCGGUUAAGCUGAAGCAUGGAGAUCUAGUCUUCGUGGAUUCAACGGUUCGCGCAAGAGAUGACCCCAAAGUCAUCAUCAUGCAGGGCCAUCACGGGGGUGAUGAUACGGAGAUGCAUCGCAAGCUGAUGCAUGAAUGGCGCGACGGAUCGUUGCAACAAUUCCAAAAGGUGCCGCUGGAGAACUGUUUUUUGCUGAAUGAGCAACGUCUCCUGGGCGAGUUGAAAUACAAUCCGGCGGAUCUUACUCUCCUCGUGGUUUACAUGGUGGCUGCCGGUGCGACCAUCGAGGCGGCAAAUAUCAAGGCGGGUGAAACCAUCGCCAUCGGUCCGUCAGGAGGCUCGUUUGGUGGUGCUGCUGUUGAACUCACGCUGGCUCUUGGGGCGAAUGUCAUCGCAUUGGGAAGAAACAAGCACAAACUGGAAGCCAUGAAACUCGCCCUUGGGAGCCCUGACCGACUACAAUACGCCGUAAUGACAGGGGACUUUGAAAGCGAUGCCGCCGCGAUCAAGGCAUUGGCACCUGAAACCGGCAUUGACGUUUACAACGAUUGGACACCUUCUGAGUUCGCGACACCAUUAUACCUCUCGGCUGCGUCGCAUGCCCUCAAGGGCAACGGAAAGGUCGUGAUGAGUGGUGGCGCGCAUGGGGAUAUCGUGUUCCCGCACCUUGCCAUGCUGCACAAGAACUUGAACAUGAUGGGAAAGUGGAUGUACCACCCUGCCACAGCGCAACUUGUUAUCAAUAUGGUCACAGCUGGAACCUUGAAGAUUGGGAAAAAGAACAGAGCUGAGGUUGCCGCCUUCAGCCUCGAUGCGCAUCACGCCGCAGUCGAAAACGCCGCAAAGAACGGAGGAUGGGGGAACUUUACGGUAAUCACUCCGCACGCAAAGUAG